GCGCACGUGGUCUGCAAUUUGCAUGCGUGAGCUCAAAUUGAUUUGAAACAAUUCAAAUUGUCUUCCAGCAUUUUUUUUUUCUUCUUUUGGGAUGCUCUGGUUCACCAAUGCGCUGCCGAUCAGCUCCGCCACCGUUGUCUUAACGAGGUGCGUUUCCUCAUCCACCAUUCCCCGGCGAGCGAUCGAGAAAUGGUUGAGCUUACCGAGACAUACCCUCUUGGAACCCUGACGUGGGUGCCGGUAUAAAAGCAAACUGUUCCGGGGAUUUCUUCUCAUUACGCCAGCAGUGGUGUAACGUCCCGAAUCGUGUUGUGUAGCGAGAGAGAGAGAGAGAGAGAGAGUAGAGUGCGCAGCCCGACAGGAUUAUCUCAACUUCUUCUAUCAACCAACCCACCCACAAUCGCGCCACAUCUCCACAAGGAUCCGAAGAAUUCUAUCGCGCCAGGCCGCCGUGAAGUCGCUCUAGCAGUGCGCUUAGUGUUUCGUGUGUGCAAAGAUUCAUCCUACCGGCCGAUAGGCAGAACCGGUCACGAUGUCAUACAUUGGCAACACGUCGGAUGUGGAGCAGGAGAAAACCCUGUCCGAGUAUCGGCGGCAGCGCAGCUCGAGCAAUCUGAUGCCGACCGGCCAAACCAAGCCGUCGGUCGGCAGUCCGAAAAUGUCCGACGUGCUGUGGAACGAUAAGCGGUCGGCGGGCCGGACGGUCAAUGCGAGCGACGACGACGAUUCGGAGGUGUCGGAUAGCGAGAACUUUCUCGCCAAGGGUGCGUUCCUGCUGACGCCCUCGCACGAGCUGUCCAUGGACCGGGCGGCACUGAUAUGCGAAAAGAUGAACUUCAAGGGUUGCUUCAGCCUGACGAAGACGGCCACCGGCAUACUGUUCAAGUUUUCCAACCCGGAAGACUAUCAGGCGGUGUUCAAGAAGGGCUUCCACAAGGUGACCGGCGCACGGUUCUACAAAAAGAUCGCGAUCCCGUGCCGGCCGCAGAAGACAUUCAUGCUGUACGUAUUCGACGUGCCGGAGGACCUGCCGGAGGAAGACAUCCGGCACUCGCUGUACCGCUUCAACUCGGUGGUCGAGGUCGUCCGGCUGGUCGUGCAGUAUCAGAAGCCCGCGAUCCAGCCGGAUCCUGGCCAGAUGCACGCGACCGCAGCAGCCGCCGGUGCGCCCCAAACGAAACCCCAGGUCCCAAAGCUGCCGACCAGCAAACCCAUCGACGAGCAGGACGUGGCGCUGCAGAAAGAAUCGCCACCGCCCCCGAUACGCAUCACGCUCGCCUCGCUCGAUGAGUACAAUCACCUACUGCAGAACGGGUUGGACUUCUACGGGGCUACGUUUUUCCCCACCGAGGCCCAGCUACCACCACACGCGGCCAAGAUUGCCACCAAACGGGGAACACGCAUGAUUGACGGUAGUAUUCCUGGGCGUGUGCGAGAGCUGCUGCCAGUGUUUGAUGCAGCGGGAUUUAGCAAAAUUCCGCCGCCGGCAUCGAAAACCAUUAAACCGCGCCCAUAAACCGCACCAAGGGAAACCCCCAAAUUUUGCCAACGGCAGCCAACUGCUGGGGUCGCGCAUCUUCUCAACAUCGUCGUACAGCACGCACCCUCUAAUAGCCCCCAGCCACCAGCGCAGUGCACUUCCGACCAGCUCGCCUCCCCGAUCUGUGGCCCGCAUACGGCUCCAGCCGGUACCGAUGGAACCCGAUCAAUCCGAUGACAUCCAACCCAUGCGUGACGCAUACGUUACGCGCGAUUCGUUCCUGCACUAUCCGCAUAAAGAAUCUCUGCCGAUGGGAACGAGCAUGCCAAAAACCCGUCCACUGAAGCGUAAAACCGACCAUUAGCUGUGUUACAUGCUCCCAUCGCCAUCCUAACCAAACCAAGACGCGCCAAUUUGCCAUCCAUAAUGAUGCUACUUUAUAGCCUCCCGUCUGCGGCACUCCUUCGAAACCAGUCCAGCGAAACACGCCACCUUCCUGCUUGUUUAACGGUUUGACUGAAGCGCAUAUCUACGAUGCUUGUUCCUAUAUGAAUCGCACCGGGGUGAUGAUCCACAAUGUGCAUCCAGGUCGAUGUCAAAUCCUGUUCGAGUAGUGGCGUUAAAGCAAACUCCCGACCAUCCUCCAUAGGCUCCCAUAGUUUAGCAGUUUUUGUUGGAUAAACAAUAAAGUGUUCUCCCGUUUUUUUCUUUCCAUCACA